AUGGAUUUUUAAAUCAUUCUGGAUGGUUAAUAUAAAAAUGGUAAGAAAGUUGGUAAAUGGAAUUUUUUUAGGAAAAAUUAUAAUGAUAUUGAAAAGAUGUAAUAAUAUUAUCUCAAAAUAUAAUAGUGGAGGUGGAUAGUAUGAUGAAGGAGGAGAUGAAAUCAAAAUAAAUCAAUGGGUUGAGUUGAAUGAGGAGUUAAAAGAUGACUCUAGAGUAACUUAUAAAGGUGAAUAUCAUAAUGGUAAAAAAAUUGGUAAUUGGGAUGUUUUGUAUUAUGGAAAAAAAAUGUAGAAUUAUUUGAAUAAAUAUUUAUGUCCAUAAAUUUAGAGGUGGAGGAGUAUAUGAUAAAAGAGGUAAUGGGUGUAAAAUUGGAAAUUGGAUCGAAUUGAUCGAGGGGUCUAAUGAUAUUCCUAAAGUCACUUUUAGUGGUGAAUAUUAAAAUGGUAUAAAAGUUGGUAGAUGGGAUAUUUUUAAUUUUAAUAAUAGGAUGUAAAUUAUUGUAUGAA